AUGCGGCUCCCUGGGCCCUCGAUGCCCUCACAACGCCAAAGUCAGACGGCAGCUGGCAUUGCCCUCGUCGUCUUGGCCUUCUUCACAGCCUUUGCUAUGACCCAGGCCGUUCGACCAAUCCAGGACGAGCCCACCCUGACCAAGAGGAACACCAACGUCGAAGCCAGGCAGUUUCUUCCGUGGAUCUUUGGUGGCGGUCAAACUACCACCGCUGCCAAUCCUGCUCAACCCGUCAUCACCACUCCCCUUCCUGCGGCUGCACCAGUCACUCCCAGUGACCAGCAACAGCAAGGUCCUCUUGGUGGUGUUAUUCCCCAAGUUGGCCAUGUCAUUCCCAGUUUACUCGCUUCUUUGACUUCAGCACUUGCGGCCGUGAUAACUCCAGUUCCAUCCAUCCUCAACCCCAACCCCGGAAAUGUCGUACCAGUUCUCACCAAUUUUGAGCCCGCGGUGGUUGAAUCCAUACUCCAAACCGUUAUUCCGACAGCCAUCCCGAAUAUCGAAGGAUCCAAUGGUGGAUUACUGGAUCCGGUCCAGAGUGUUAUCAACAGCAUCGUCGGUGUUGGUGGCUCUGUUCUACCCCUGCCUGCCGGGUCUGGACUAUCCGUGCCUCUUCCGACACAAGUCGUUGGCGGAAUUCCGGUUUCUGAAGUUACUGCGGCCAUUGGCAACGGCGCCUCUAUCAUCACCAACAUCCCAGAAGUACUUGUCAGCGUUGUCUCCUCCAUCGUUGACCACGUUCCUUCGGCGAUUGGCGCAUCUGACAUCGCCGGUGCCACCGCAGCCAUCCCAGGUCUCUCGUCUUUAGUUGCAGCCAUUCCCACUGGACUCAGCGACUCCAUCAUCUCAAGCAUCGAAAAUAUGAUACAUUCCGCUUCAGUUGUUGUACCGCUUCCAACAACAGCUCCCCAGCUCCCCGGCGACUUGCUAACCGACGGUGGUCUUUGCACUGUCGUCAAGAUUGAGAGUGGGAUUCCCACUUUCCUCGCAACCCCUUGCCCCGAGGGCGUUCCUCCUCCAUUCACACAGGCGGCGUCUUCGUCUGACGUCCCAGCUUCAAAUUCUGGAGCCGGCCCGGUCAGCCCUCCUGUAUCCUCUCAAGCUCUCUCUUCCACACCUGCGGCGGCUCCGGCAGCUGAACCUCCGCAGUCCCCCUCAGCAGCCUCCCCUCCAGCUGGUGGCGCGAAUGCUACUCCUCCUGCCAACAAUCCUUCGACGCAAGCUGGAGCCGGGAGCCCUGGCAACAAUGGCCAACCACACAACACUGCUCCAGCAGGUCAGGCUCAACCACCUGUGCAAUCUCCAAGCCCUACAAAUCCCUCGCCAGCCAACCCCCCACCUGCUGCCACUCAAGCACCCAAUCAGGCAACUAGCGGUGCAGGAAGUCCGUCGCCGGCAUCAGCUCCCGCAGCCAGCCCCCUGACAACGUUGACCAUCGCUGCCGGAACACCUGCCUCGAAUCCAACCGGCGUGUCAGCCAACGGCGGAAACAGCCAGAGCCCCUCUCCGACCUCACAAACAGGCGGCUCGAUCUUCGGAGUUGACGAAGGACAAGACCCUUCCUCUGGGAACAACAUCCCACCAGGCACACCAGUCAUUCCCAUUUCCGAUUGCCCCGCCGUUGUCCAGUGUCCUGCAUGCCCGGCUUCUCCUGCAAAGCCUCCUGCCGGCUCAUGUCCAUGCCCUGGUCGAGGCUACUCUUGCUCCGAGUGUCUCAAUGGAUGGUUCUGUCCCCCGGAGGAAACACCAAUGCUGCCGGCGCCCUGCGGGAUGGGAUGGCCUUGCUAUCACUGCAAAGGUGGCUGGUACUGUGCUCCCGAAAGCAACAACAUGGCGCCCGCUGGGGCAAAUGAUCCUCCCGUCGUUGUCAUCAAAACCGUGACAGCUUUUGUUGCUGCCCAACCCACUGGAGCUGGCAACGGCGGCACUGGAGAUGGUGGCAACAACAAUGGUUCUGGCGGCGGUGGUAAUGGCAACGGAGGCAACGGCAAUGGAACACCUGGCAACGGAACGCCUGGCAAUGGCGACUCUGGCAGCGGAAACUCUGGCAAUGGCGACUCUGGCAAUGGUGGCUCUCCGGCUGUAUCUACUACGCCUUGUACAACAGCGAACAAUGGUCAGUAUACUGGUCCUCCAGGAAAUGGUGCUGGCUCAGCCCCCAAUCCAAGCCCGGACAACUCUGGCAAUGGCAAUGGCAACGGCAACGGAAACAACGAUCCUGGCAACGGAGCUGCUCCAGGAGCCGGCGAUCCUGGAAACGCCGCAUCAACGCCUUGCACAACCACUGGCGGCCAACCCACGAGUCCAUCUGGACCCAACGGUAGCUCUGGAAAUGUUUCUGGUAGCGGCGGUCCUGCCAACGUUCCCGAACCACCGGCUGUGUCUCCUGCCCCACCUCCCUCUAAUACCAACCCUACAGCCAACCCUGGACACCCUCCCAGUCCCGUCUCACCGGCACCUAAUGGCAAUCCAGAUCCUGGUUCCGGGAAUGGACAAGGCAACCCCGGUGCCGGCAAUCCUCCAGCUGGCUACGGUAAUUCUCCCACGGGCCCUGCCAAUGGCAACCCCAACAACGGGCCUGGAUCAAACAAUGGCUCUGGGAGCGGCUCGGGUAACGGCUCAGGCUCAGGUGCACCAAGCGGCGACGGAGCCCCUGGCAACACCGGACCUUCAAGUCCGGCACCUGGAAGCAAUGCAGGUGCAGGUUCUGGUAACGGGUCUCCGAGCAACAACGGACCUGAAGCCGCUCCUGACGUCACUGGCUGGGAGUACCUUGGAUGCUUCAAGGACUCUGCCGUUCGAACACUCGACGGCGACCCGUCCAUAUACUUCACAGGAGGCAUGUCAAAUGAGAAGUGUAUUGCACACUGUGGCUCGAUGGGAUUCCAGCUUGCCGGCACGGAGUACGGCAAGGAGUGCUGGUGUGGCACUGCGUUCCAGCUGGCCGUACGCAUCCCGGAAGAGCAGUGCAACGAAGUCUGCGAUGGCAAGUCAACCGAUAUCUGUGGAGGUGACUGGGCUGUCACCGUUUACAGCAGAACCGGCCAGGCUAUGAGCUUGCCGUCUGAUGACGAUGUUGCCAAUGGCACCGGCGCUGGCAACAGUAACGGCAAUGGCAACGUCAAUGGCAACGGCGACGGCAAUGGUGGAUCUGGCGCGGGAAACAAUGGAGGUACCGGGAAUCCACCAUCGGCCCCUCAAAAUCCAGCACCGGCACCUCCGGCGGCACCUCCUGCGGCACCUCCUGCGGGUCCUCCUACAGGACCUCCUGCCGCACCGCCGGCAUCACCCCCUCAGACACCAGGUCAAGGUCAGUCCUCGCCACCUCCGGCAGGAAAUCCCCAAGACAGCAGCACUCCUCCGGCGUCUCCGAACCCUGCACCGCAGCCUCAGAUCGACAUUGCUUCUCUCAUACAGAGCAUCAUCAAUGCGCUACCCAAGAGUAGCCCUGAUGGCGCGUACGGCAGCGGUCUGGGAGCAAGGGACUCUGGGGCGUCUGGCAACAAUGGACCUGCGACUCCAGCCGACUCUAGUGUUCCCAAUGGUGGUGCAGGAGGUUCGCCAAUGAUGGGACCAGGCCCUUUCAACCCUCCGGAAGGACUCGACCGCUAUGGUGUCGAAAAGAGAGAGGUGGCAAGCCGGAACAUGAAGCGCAGCAGCAUCAUAGGGCGGCGAGCGGCCGCGAAGUUUGACGGUGUUAUCUGCGAUGGAGAAGAUGAGUAUGAAGGCGAUUGUUUGGCGAAGGCGCAAGUUUAGAAGGAAAGGGGUCCAUGUUAUCACGACGUUACCAUGAUGUAUGACUUAUGAUCAUGGAUGCUGGGCUCUCGUCUCAGCACUUGCGGUUACUCGAGGUUUUUUUCUUUCUGUUCUUUUUGGAGAGGCGGGCUACUACGUAUGAAUAUUGCCUGAGCUCAGAUAAUGUAAUGGAACAUGGCUUUGAAGGUUCAAACUUUGCAAUUUCUGUGUGGUCGAUGGACAAGCCUGCUCACUUUGAUAUCUGCGAUUAUGCGAUGUCCAGUGAGGAGGAAGUGUUGGUAGAGUAUAGGGCCACUUUCUUGGCCAAGAGGCAGACCAGGGUGCUCAGCUAGCUCUUAUGCGCUAACACUAAACACCGCAGCUCGAUUGCGGCGUCUUUCGGGGCUGAGAGCCUCAGCUGAGAUUUCAUGAGGC